AUGUUAAACAGUGCUGGUCCCAAUAUCAGUUCUCAAGGAACAUUGCAUGUCACUGGGUCUCCACUUGGUCUUCAAGCCAUUAACCACAAAACUUUGAGUGACAGUUGCUUCAGGAACCUUGCCGAGGAUCGUAGUGGGAUAAACCUUAAAGAUCUGGUCCAAGACCCUUCUUUGUUGGGUGGGACUAUAUCUGCAUACAAGAUAGUGCCAGAUGAAAUAGAAGAAAUCAAGGAGACGCUGAUAGAUUGGUGUGAUGAAAAGGAACUUAAUUUGAUUUUAACAACUGGAGGAACAGGGUUUGCACCACGAGAUGUCACUCCAGAGGCCACUAAAGAAGUAAUAGAGCGAGAAGCCCCAGGGAUGGCCCUGGCAAUGCUGAUGGGAUCACUCAAUGUUACUCCUCUGGGCAUGCUCUCUAGACCUGUGUGUGGAAUCAGAGGAAAGACUCUCAUAAUUAAUCUGCCAGGUAGCAAGAAAGGGUCACAGGAAUGCUUUCAGUUUAUACUGCCAGCCCUACCUCACGCCAUUGAUCUUUUGCGGGAUGCCAUUGUAAAAGUAAAGGAGGUGCACGAUGAACUUGAAGACCUACCUUCACCACCACCUCCUCUUUCUCCUCCUCCAACCACCAGCCCUCACAAGCAGACAGAAGACAAAGGAGUACAGUGUGAGGAAGAGGAGGAAGAGAAGAAGGAUAGUGGAGUUGCCUCAACAGAGGACAGUUCUUCUUCACAUAUAACGGCAGCAGCCAUUGCAGCUAAGAAGCAUCCAUCCUACACCAGUUCAGCUGUUAUCAUGGCAAAAGGUGAACGGCCCAUCCCUGGUCUCAUCAGGUAUUGUCAUCAUGCAGCAGGCAGUGCAGAAGAACCGAUUCCAGAUUCCAUCAUCUCUCGUGGUGUUCAGGUGCUCCCACGUGAUACAGCCUCCCUCAGUACUACUCCUUCCGAAUCUCCUCGUGCCCAGGCCACCUCUCGUCUCUCCACUGCAUCCUGCCCAACACCAAAAGUCCAGUCUAGGUGCAGCAGCAAAGAGAACAUCCUCAGAGCAAGUCACAGUGCAGUUGACAUUACCAAGGUAGCAAGAAGACACCGCAUGUCUCCAUUCCCAUUGACAUCUAUGGACAAGGCCUUCAUCACAGUUCUGGAGAUGACCCCAGUGCUUGGAACAGAAAUCAUCAAUUACAGAGAUGGAAUGGGCCGAGUCCUUGCUCAAGAUGUAUAUGCAAAAGAUAACCUACCGCCAUUUCCAGCAUCAGUAAAAGACGGCUACGCUGUCAGAGCUGCUGAUGGCCCAGGGGACCGAUUCAUCAUAGGGGAAUCCCAGGCUGGUGAGCAACCAACUCAGACCGUGAUGCCUGGUCAGGUCAUGCGCGUUACAACUGGUGCUCCAAUUCCAUGUGGUGCUGAUGCAGUGGUGCAAGUGGAAGAUACGGAGCUCAUCAGGGAAUCAGAUGAUGGCACUGAAGAACUAGAGGUUCGAAUCCUGGUGCAGGCUCGACCAGGCCAAGAUAUCAGACCUAUAGGACAUGACAUUAAAAGAGGUGAAUGUGUGCUGGCUAAAGGAACCCACAUGGGUCCGUCUGAGAUUGGUCUCUUAGCAACUGUUGGAGUAACUGAAGUAGAAGUUAACAAGUUUCCAGUGGUUGCAGUCAUGUCAACAGGGAAUGAGCUACUGAAUCCUGAAGAUGACCUCUUGCCAGGAAAGAUUCGGGACAGUAACCGCUCAACCCUCCUAGCUACAAUCCAAGAACAUGGCUAUCCAACAAUCAACUUGGGAAUUGUGGGAGAUAACCCAGAUGAUUUACUGAAUGCACUAAAUGAGGGUAUCAGCCGUGCUGAUGUGAUCAUUACAUCAGGAGGUGUAUCUAUGGGGGAAAAGGACUAUCUUAAACAGGUGCUGGAUAUUGAUCUUCAUGCACAGAUUCACUUUGGCAGAGUUUUUAUGAAACCAGGACUGCCAACAACUUUUGCAACUCUGGAUAUUGAUGGCGUAAGAAAAAUAAUCUUUGCGCUCCCAGGCAACCCUGUGUCAGCUGUUGUCACCUGCAAUCUCUUUGUUGUUCCCGCACUGAGGAAAAUGCAGGGUAUCUUGGAUCCUCGGCCCACCAUCAUCAAAGCCAGGUUAUCAUGUGAUGUAAAAUUGGACCCCCGCCCAGAAUAUCAUCGGUGCAUACUGACUUGGCAUCACCAAGAACCACUACCUUGGGCACAGAGUACAGGGAAUCAGAUGAGCAGUCGUCUGAUGAGUAUGCGCAGUGCCAAUGGACUGUUGAUGCUACCUCCAAAGACAGAGCAGUAUGUGGAGCUUCACAAGGGGGAGGUGGUGGAUGUCAUGGUCAUUGGAAGGCUAUGAUGUCACCAGCAAGAUUGAAGCUUUGAUGCAUGUCCACAUAUCAUUGACUGUAUCCUGUAAUAUGCAACGGCACAGCUAGUUUUUCUGAUUUGGAUAAAAGUUGAUCAGUAUAGUCAACAUCUUGAAUUAUAUUUCAAAUGGAAUUUAAAUAAAUACCUUUUAAAAAAAAACACUUUAAAACAAAUCUUAACAAAGAAAUUUAUUCUGAUUAUAUCAAAGCAACUUUUUCCUUUCCUUGCAAUUGCUUUGUGUGUUCAAUGCUAGUUCUAAUAGCGGUAGCUUUUAGUAGACAGCAGUAGGUGCCUGCAGAACUUGUGUUUUUUCUCAUCUUUAAGAUACAACUACUUAUGCUCUUAAAACAAGGCUGUCUGCUUAUUUAUACUAGUGUAGACAACACUUGGAUUUCCCUUAUUAGUAUGCUUCAUAACCGCUUCACAGAGAGCUUCUGCUUGUUCUUUAUCUUGUAUCUCGUGUUGAUGUGCACAGUGCCAAAAGCAGAGUGGCUGCACUGGGAACCCAAUGAAGCCCCGAGGUUUUCUCACCUUGCUGCGCGUUCAGGGAUCUCUCUUGUCCCAGCAGCCACCCAGCUCAGUACUCUUGGGCAGUAACUGGAUACCUUUUAUUUCAACAAACAAAAAAAUUGCUUCCUUAAGUGCUGACAGCCUUUUUAACCAAUACAUUUAAAAAUGUACAGAACUAAAAACUAAAAAAAAAAAAUCAAAGACUGAUCUUGUACAGAUAUUGGUGUUACCAGCAUUCGUGUGGAAAUUAAAUGAGCAGAGAAAUAAAACUAAUGUUAAACAACUCUGUACCAUAACAUUUUCUGUAAUGAUAUUGAAACUUAAAUGAAUAAAAAAAAUCCUCAAUCAUUAUUUAAAA